UCAGCCCAAAACAUUAAUAAAGACGAUCGUAGGGAAUUAUGGUAAAGGCUUGCAUAGAUCGUUCGCUCAGGGCGAGUUGCUGCUGCGCUGCUGCCGCGACGCCGGAUCUAAAUGCCACCGCAUUCCCAUUCUAAACAGCACCAGCGAAAUGUUACCGGCAAAAUACUGGAUCCCGUAAUGAUCGGACGCAACCAAUCCUUCUGAUGAUACCUGCCGAUUACUCUCGGUAUUGUAAGCUGCGCGGUAUUCUUAACUUCUUCUUAAUAAUGGUGAGGGGGUCGUUGACGCUGUUACUUGGUUCCAGGUGGAAACGCCGGCUCCUCUUUGGUCUGGCUACUCUCCCCUCACGGAGCUCUUGUAUGCUCACAUGCUCAUUGCUCUGCCGGUGUUGGAAGGUAAAAUCAAAUGGCCUACUUGCAGUAAGCGCCGUUGUUGAUUUCCGGCUGUCACUUCUCCUUUGUCUGCUGCAAGGGUUGUACCUUAUCUCGGGUUGGCUAGCAAUUUCUUCCGUCCUGUUCCCCGUCUGUUCACCAAGACUCCGUCAGCAAGCUCUGCGGACACGGUAUGACGAACGCUGCUUGCCUUUUGCCCCGGUGGGCCAUGAUGUCACGGGAUUACUAAUCCUUCUGCACAUCUCCGCAACAAUAACUAGUUACUACUAGCUAGUCAAACCCAAGCGUGAGAAAGACCAUCAUAUACUACUCCGUACUAUAUAGCUCUAUCGACUAGUCAAGGGUAUA